UGCUAUCUUUCCAAGAGCUGGCCUGUGCUCUGCUGCUCAAGACCCCUCCUUCAUGACCUUGUGCAGGCAAAGUCUUCUCUGGAAGCUUCCACCCACUUUGCUCCCUAUAAAGGUAGACAGAAUUGCCAGCAGAGCAGAGAGCCUGAGAUCAGUGCAGAAACUUCCAGCUGUCUCCCUCCACCAUGAAGAUCUCCUCAGUGCUUCUGUGUCUGCUGCUUGUGGCCGCUGCCUUCACCUCCCAGGUGCUGGCUCACCCAGGCUCUAUCUCAGCUUCCUGCUGCUUUGUUAUGACCAAUAAGAAGAUCCCUAAGCCACUACUGAAGAGCUAUAAAAAAAUCACCAACAGCAGAUGCACCCUGAAAGCCAUAGUCUUCAAGACCAAGUUGGGCAAAGAUAUCUGUGCUGAUCCCAAGCAGAAGUGGGUUCAGGAUGCCAUUAAGCACCUGGACCAUAUCCUCCAAACUCAGAAACCGUAAACAAUCCUGCCUUUUGAGACUAAACCAGAGCCAAAGAAACACUUGAUUCAAUCUCCAUUCCCAAGAUCUGCUCUUGGGUCAUCUCAACAUCAUUCCCCAAGAAUUCGGCUUCAUUUAGUUAUGGGUGGAACUGGAAGUCAUUAUGUUUGGUGAAAUGAACUAGACUCGAAAAGAUUGUGUAAUUUCUUAAAUCUACAAAAUCUUAAAGGGGGAUAUGAAAGUAGAUGCCAGAUUAUUGAGGAAUGCGAUGGAAUAGGAUGGAGGAUAAUUAAAAGGUAAAUACAAUCAAAGCAGCUUAUGGACAUGUGUGAAAAUGUCAUAAUAUAAUCCAUUCGUUUGCACAAUUAAUAUAUACUAAUUAAACUAUUAAUAUUUUAAAACAUGUUACAUUUAUUUUUCAUUGAUAGCUGUUCUUUUUGUUGUUUGUUUGUUGGUUUGAGACAGUGUCUCACUGGAUCACUCUGGCUGACCUAGAACUCAAUAUGUAGGCCAUGCCUAGAACUCAAUAGGUGACCAGUCACAGAGAUCUAUCUGUCUCUGCUUUCCAAGUGCUGGGAUUUUAAAGGCAUUUGCCACCAUGCUAAGCCAAAGCGUUUUGUAUUAGUAUAAACUAAUUAUACAUAAUAAAAUAUUUCACAACAA